AUGAACCAAGCACCGUCCAUUAAGGUGUACGACUGCGCUGUGGAAUCGUCUGCAAUUCGAAGUGCAAAAACAUGCACUGGCGAAUGGUCUGAUCCUUCAACUCGUCCUGGAUUGAAGGAGAACUAUAACAAGGUCAAAGAUGAGUUGACUACAAGUGGAGUGGCUGAGAAGGCGAUGCCUAUUUGGUGGGACCAGUUUUUUAGGAAUGAAGUACCAUCGAACAUGAUAUUUACAAGCAACAAUUCCUUGAAUCAUUUCACAAAUAUGGCCCGCCACAACAAUACAAGGCUUGGCUGCGCUAUCAAAAAAUGCAAUGCUUUUUACGCUGUCGUCUGCCAAUAUGGAGGGGGGGGUGAUGUGGUCGGAAAGGACAUCUACGAAAUUGGUGCUGUAUGUUCAAAAUGUCCUGGUGGAACAACUUGCGAUAGUGUGGUAGGACUAUGUGAAAGAACCGCCGCCUCUGUGGGAGCUAUAGCUGAAGCAGGAGUUUCUCGUCCAAACGCAAAUACUACUACUCCCUCUACCCGGGCUCCAGAAGCUAUGUGCACCUGCGGAACCGUCAAAGUCGAUAGUACUCCGGCAACAAAAAUUAUUACUACAAGGACAGCAAAAGCUAGCACCACUCCGGGCGCAAAAAGUACUACGCCUAGAACCGCAAAAGCUAGUACUACUUCGAAUGCAAGAAAAACUACCGCCAUUACUGCAAAGGCUAGCACCACUCGAGCUGCAGAAAUAACUACUACCAAAUCUGCUAAAGUCAGCAGCACUCCGGUUGCAAGGAUUACUAUUACUAGAAAAGCAAAAGUUAGUACUACUUCCGCGGCAGGAAAAACUACCACGAGGGCUCCAAAACCUGGAAGUACUCCGACGGCACGAAAAACCACCACGAGGGCUUCAAAACCUGGAAGUACUCCGACGGCACGAAAAACCACCACGACGGCUCCAAAACCUGGAAGUACUCCGACGGCACGAAAAACUACCACGAGGGCUCCAAAACCUGGAAGUACUCCGACGGCACGAAAAACUACCACGAGGGCUCCAAAACCUGGAAGUACUCCGACGGCACGAAAAACCACCACGAGGGCCCCAAAACCUGGCACUACUCCGACGGCACGAAAAACCACCACGAGGGCCCCGAAACCUUUCACUACUCCGAUGGCACGAAAAACCACCACGAGGAGUGCAAUGCCUAAUACUACUCGGGCUUCAGAAAUACUCACUACUAGAUCUCCAAAAGUCAGUAGCACUCCGGCGGCAGGAAAAACUACUAGGAGGGGUGCAAUGCCUAGUACUACUCGGGCAUCUCCCAAAGUCAGUAGCACUCCGGCAGCAGGAAAAACUACUAGGAGGGGUGCAAUGCCUAGUACUACUCGGGUAUCUCCCAAAGUCAGUAGCACUCCGGCAGCAGGAAAAACUACCACGAGGGCUCCAAAACCUGGCACUACUCCGACGGCACGAAAAACCACCACGAGGGCCCCAAAACCUGGCACUACUCCGACGGCACGGAAAACCACCACGAGGGCUCCAAAACCUGGCACUACUCCGACGGCACGAAAAACCACCACGAGGAGUGCAAUGCCUAAUACUACUCGGGCUUCAGAAAUACUCACUACUAGAUCUCCAAAAGUCAGUAGCACUCCGGCGGCAGGAAAAACUACUAGGAGGGGUGCAAUGCCUAGUACUACUCGGGCAUCUCCCAAAGUCAGUAGCACUCCGGCAGCAGGAAAACUACUAGGAGGGGUGCAAUGCCUAGUACUACUCGGGGCUCCAAAACCUGGCACUACUCCGACGGCACGAAAACCACCACAGGGCCCCGAAACCUUUCCUACUCCGACGGCACGAAAAACCACCACGAGGAGUGCAAUGCCUAAUACUACUCGGGCUUCAGAAAUACUCACUACCAGAUCUCCAAAAGUCAGUAGCACUCCGGCGGCAGGAAAAACUACUAGGAGGGGUGCAAUGCCUAGUACUACUCGGGCAUCUCCCAAAGUCAGUAGCACUCCGGCAGCAGGAAAAACUACUAGGAGGGGUGCAAUGCCUAGUACUACUCGGGCAUCUCCCAAAGUCAGUAGCACUCCGGCAGCAGGAAAAACUACCACGAGGGCUCCAAAACCUGGCACUACUCCGACGGCACGAAAAACCACCACGAGGGCCCCGAAACCUUUCACUACGCCGACGGCACGAAAAACCACCACGAGGAGUGCAAUGCCUAAUACUACUCGGGCUUCAGAAAUACUCACUUCUAGAUCUCCAAAAGUCAGUAGCACUCCGGCGGCAGGAAAAACUACUAGGAGGGGUGCAAUGCCUAGUACUACUCGGGCAUCUCCCAAAGUCAGUAGCACUCCGGCAGCAGGAAAAACUACUAGGAGGGGUGCAAUGCCUAGUACUACUCGGGUAUCUCCCAAAGUCAGUAGCACUCCGGCAGCAGGAAAAACUACCACGAGGGCUCCAAAACCUGGCACUACUCCGACGGCACGAAAAACCACCACGAGGGCCCCGAAACCUUUCACCACUCCAACGGCACGAAAAACCUCCACGAGGAGUGCAAUCCCUAAUACUACUCGGGCUUCAGAAAUACUCACUUCUAGAUCUCCAAAAGUCAGUAGCACUCCGGCGGCAAGAAAAACUACUACUAGGGGUGCUAUGCCUAGUACUAGUCGGGUAUCUCCCAAGGUCAGUAGCACUCCGGCAGCAGGAAAAACUACCACGAGGGCCCCAAAACCUGGCACUACUCCGACGGCACGAAAAACUACAAGAGCUGCUAGGCCUAGUACUACUCGGACCUCAGAAAUACUUACUACUAGAUCUCCAAAAUUCAGUAGCACUCCGGCUCCAGGAAAAACUACCACGAGGGCCGCAAAAGUUAGUACUCCUCCAGCUGUAGGAAAAACUACGACUAGGGAGGCAAAACCUAGCACUACUCAAGGUGCAGAAAUGAUCACUACCACAACUGCUAAAGCUAAUACUACUCCGGCUGCAAAAACUAGUACAACCGCAGAAUCUGGAACCACUCCGACUGAACCAUUGGAUUGUUCUGACUAUGCUGGAAUGUCGACUUCACUUUCAAAAGAGGUCCGUCAAAGUUUCAUUCAGAAACACAAUGCUUUGAGGUCAAAUCUAGCUAGAGGGAGAGAAAAAAAUGGAAAGUAUGAAUUGGCACCACCAGCAGCAAACAUUCAAAAGAUGAAAUACGACUGUGCCAUAGAGGCAUCAGCGUUGAACCAUGCAAAGACCUGUAGUACUUCUUUAUCGCAUCCAUCCGAUCGUCCAGGACUCAAGGAAAAUAUAAUUCACAUCAAGAGCCAUGAUUUGGAUGAGGUUACCGCUGCUAGCAAGGCGAUGGACAAAUGGUGGUCGGAGCUGGCUGUAUCGGGUGUACGAUCGGAUAUGCUUUUCACGUCUCGUAUCCGUCAUCGGAUAAAUAAUAUAGUCACUCAUUGGUCUAAAAUGGCUUGGCACUAUAACAGCAGGUUGGGAUGUGCCAUUCAUCGCUGCAAGAAAACCUAUUCUGUUGUUUGCCAUUAUGGACCCGGUGGAAACGUGGUCGGCGAGUACAUAUACAGGGUGGGAGCAGUAUGUUCUGCUUGUCCAUCUGGCACCAGGUGCGAUAAGAAUACAGGACUAUGUGUAUAA